GGCACAGCAACGAAAAAUUAAAGAAAAAGUCCUUAACCUACGCACCAUCACCUCUCCCAACCCUAUAAACUGCGCAUCCUCGCCACCAUAUUCUUCACGACGACUUUGUCUCACACUGAUCCUUCUGGUACGAAACCGCACCGAACUUUCUCGGAACUUUCUCUCCUGUCUCUAAAUUCUUAGUGCUUGGUUGGCUUCGGAAUGCGGUUGCCUCGAUUGCUACAGAAUUAGGGUUUUCAGGUUCAGGAAAUUAGGGUUUUUUUUGUUCAUAUGAUUUGAUGCCGAUGAUGAUGGCGGACAAUAAUUGGGAUUUUUCGUUCAACGAAUUUUCGGCCGAUGACGAGGAGUUAUCGAUCGAUCUGGAGUCGUUUUACUCCAUUCUUGGCGAGGAUCCAGAUCCCAUGCAGAGUAGUCCAGAGGAUUUUCCAUUUAAAAAUGUGUCUCAAGAUGAGUCUGCUCCUGAUUUUGGCCACCAUGAUAACUCCCAGCCACAUGGAUUCCAGGAGUUAGGCAGGGCAUCAUCUUUGGGGGAUGAGUUUCUGAGAUAUUCAUUCAACUCAGAGGCUUCACAUUCUAUAACAAGGGGAUCGGAUGGUUUGUUUGAGUCUGCGGGGAAUUCUAUUAUUGAGUGUGCAAAGCUGCCCUCAGCACAUGCUGGCUCUCCUGUGCGUAGUGGUUCUGGGAGUCUCAAUGAUUGGAUAUCACAUGUUUCAGGACAGGAAACUUGCUGCAAGGAGAGGAGUGGAGUUUCUCAAGAUGCUCUGUCAUACAACAGAGUUGAUAGUAAGGAAAUCCAAUAUGAAAUACCUAAUUGUAGUACUGCAUUUAGUUUUGCUGCAGGAAAUUCUAACUAUGCUUCAGAUUAUACCAAUGGUUUGGAUCUUAAUCACCUUAAUGGUGAUACUGAAGCUCAGUUCAAGCACAUGGGAGUGGAAAUUCAUUCUGAAUAUGCUUCAAACAGCAUGGUCACAGAGAACUCAGAUAUAGGUUUGGGAAGUUAUGAACCUGCAAUUGAAAAGAGUACAGGGGACCUAGUUACAGGAGGAAAAUAUUCAUGUACAUCUAUGACAAUAUCUCUCAGAGAUGCAGAUAUAUCUUCACACGAUGUCAAUCAUACUGAGUCCAGCAUCUGUCAAAUUCCUGAUGUUGUAUAUGAAAAUAGUGAGGAUUAUUCAGCUGUGCAGUAUUGUCUCAGUGCAGAUGGUUCACUUUUUUCUGAUCCUUCAAGUCAAUAUAUGCCUGAUUGUUUUGAUCUUCAAUUUAUGCCAAGCAGUGAAGAAAUGCUGAUCAACAUGAAGGAUGAAAACGAGGAGCUUUCAGCUGAGAAUACAUGCUUAAACAGUAAGAUGAAUUUAUCUCAGGAUGCAAGAGCAAGUAGUUUUGUCCAAAAAGGGCUGAAUAAUUACUCUGAUGUAAAGGGACUUAAUUUCAAUCAUGAAGGUAGUAAUUAUGUUUCGCCCACCAGUGGAAAUUCUUCUUCUAAUGCUGGUUAUGGAUCUAAUGAUGAUAUUAGAUCAAUACAGCUAUCAACUUGCAGCCAGUCAUACAUGUCAAACAAAAGGCGAGCGAUUUGCAUAAAGGAUGAGAGAAAAGAUGAACUUGUUGCACCUGGAAUAUGCCAACCCAAUGAAGUUGUUGAUGAAGCUGUCAAUGACAAAUUUUCUCUUGGUGUUGAUGCUAGAGUCUUUGCUGACAAAAACUCGAGGCAGAUGCUGAGUUGUUUCCCACCUUUUAUAUCAAGUAAGAAAAAUUUAUUUGAUGCUAAGGAUGAAAAUGAGGAUUUAUAUCUGGCAUCAAAAAGACCACGUCAUUGUCAAGUUAUUGGUGAUGAACUUUCUGGUAGAAGCCAAUCUGGGGGUGGUCCUUUGGAUACUGUGUCUGAGCAAUUGAUUCCAUCUGUUAAACAAUCCACAGUGAGCAAUAAACAGUUGGAUUACAUAAAGGAUGAAAAAGAGGGUAAACUGAUUCAACCUAAGAGCAUGGGGUCCUAUCUUUCAAAAGUAAGCCCUGAAUCAAUUCAGAGUAAUUCCUUAGAUCACAGAUCCCACAUUGAUGAUGACACUGAUAUAUGCAUUCUUGAAGACAUCAGUGAGCCUGUGCGCUCAAAUUCGUCUCUACUGCUUGGAAAGUCCCUUGUUAGUACACAACGUUAUAGUGAUUCCCUUCAUAACACAGGUGUGGUAGGCAUGAGGAAUAGGACAAAUGACGAAAGAUUAAUUUUCCGAGUUGCUUUGCAGGAUCUUUCUCAGCCAAAGUCAGAAGCUAGCCCACCAGAUGGUGUUUUGACGGUUCCUCUCUUGAGACACCAGCGAAUAGCUCUGUCAUGGAUGGUCCAAAAGGAGACAGCUAGCUUACAUUGCUCUGGAGGAAUUCUUGCAGAUGAUCAGGGAUUGGGGAAAACAGUGUCAACAAUUGCCCUUAUACUUAAGGAAAGGCCUACGUCUUCACGAGCAUGUCAAGAGGAUAUGAAACAAAGUGAACUGGAAACAUUAAAUCUUGAUGAAGAUGAUGAUAAGGUUCCAGAACUUGAUGGAACAAAGCAGGCUGCUGAUUCAUGUGAAGUUAUGUCACAUGGAAGUUCAAUGAAAAAAGAAAAUGCUUUUGUGCAAGGAAAGGGAAGGCCAGCUGCUGGAACCCUUGUUGUUUGUCCCACGAGUGUCCUUCGGCAAUGGGCUGAGGAGUUGCGUAGCAAGGUAACUAGCAAAGCUAAGCUAUCUGUUCUAGUGUACCAUGGAAGCAAUAGAACGAAGGAUCCUUGUGAGCUCGCGAGGUAUGAUGUUGUUCUUACAACAUAUUCCAUUGUUAGCAUGGAGGUUCCGAAGCAACCCCUUGUUGAUAAAGAUGACGAGGAGAAGGUGAAGCCAGAAGCUCAUGUAUCACCUACGGAACUUUCUUCGAAUAAGAAAAGGAAAUAUCCUCCCUCUUCAGAUAAAAAGUGUUUGAAGGACAAGAAGGCAAUGGAUGGUGCAUUGCUUGAGUCAGUUGCUCGUCCUCUUGCAAGGGUUGGGUGGUUUAGAGUUGUCCUAGAUGAGGCCCAGAGCAUCAAGAAUCACAGAACUCAAGUAGCUAGGGCCUGUUGGGGACUUCGUGCUAAACGAAGGUGGUGCUUGUCAGGGACUCCUAUCCAGAAUGCAGUUGAUGAUCUGUAUAGCUACUUCAGAUUCCUCAGAUAUGAUCCUUAUGCUGUCUAUAAGUCGUUCUGUUCUACAAUAAAGGUUCCCAUUACUAGGAAUCCAACAAAUGGUUACAGGAAGCUGCAAGCUGUCUUGAAGACAAUAAUGCUAAGGCGCACAAAAGGCACACUUCUCGAUGGGGAACCGAUUAUUACCUUGCCACCCAAAUCAGUAGAACUGAAGAAAGUGGAUUUUUCAAAGGAGGAACGAGAUUUCUACUCCAGACUAGAGGCCGAUUCACGUGCUCAGUUUGAAGUCUAUGCAGCUGCUGGGACUGUGAAACAAAAUUAUGUUAACAUUUUGUUGAUGCUAUUGCGCCUUCGACAAGCUUGUGAUCACCCUCUUCUUGUUAAGGGAUACAAUUCUAAUUCUGUGUGGAGAUCUUCUGUUGAGAUGGCAAAGAAACUUUCUCGGGAGAAACAAAUUUAUCUUCUGAAUUGUUUAGAAGGUUCUUUGGCAAUUUGUGGCAUCUGCAAUGAUCCACCUGAAGAUGCUGUUGUUUCAAUCUGUGGUCAUGUUUUCUGCAACCAAUGCAUCUGUGAACAUCUUACAAGUGAUGAAAAUCAAUGUCCCAGCACCAACUGCAAAGUUCAACUCAAUGUAUCUUCAGUGUUUUCAAAAGCCACUUUGAAAAGUUCUCUCUCUGACCUGCCUGUUCAGGAUAUUUCCCAUCAUUGCUCGGGUUCUGAACUUGUUGAAGCUCAUGAGCCUUGUCCAGAGAGUCGCUUGUAUGAUUCUUCCAAAAUUAGGGCUGCACUUGAGGUUCUGCAAUCUCUAUCUAAACCACGGGAUUGUACAUUGGGAAAUAGUUCUUUGAAAUCUUCUAAUGAAACCACCAGUGGUCUUGAAAACUUGUCUGAUUCUCAUUCAGAGGGAUUGCUCAAGGAAACUUGUGAUGAAAAAAAUGUGGUUUUGGACAAAGGUUCAAUUACAGUAGUGGGAGAGAAAGCAAUUGUCUUCUCCCAGUGGACAAGGAUGCUGGAUUUGCUUGAAUCUUGUCUUAAAAAUUCUUCCAUUCAGUACAGAAGGCUUGAUGGAACAAUGUCUGUUGUUGCCAGAGAUAAAGCAGUGAAAGAUUUCAAUACCCUGCCAGAGGUCUCUGUUAUGAUUAUGUCUUUGAAAGCCGCUAGUCUUGGACUAAACAUGGUUGCUGCUUGCCAUGUUCUUCUACUGGAUCUAUGGUGGAAUCCUACGACUGAAGAUCAGGCAAUUGAUAGGGCGCAUCGAAUUGGGCAGACCCGUCCUGUCACAGUUUUACGAUUAACUGUAAAAGAUACAGUUGAAGAUCGAAUUUUAGCCCUUCAGCAAAAGAAGAGAGAGAUGGUUGCAUCUGCAUUUGGAGAGGAUGAAACUGGUAGUCGUCAGACUCGCCUUACAGUGGAUGACUUGAAAUACCUGUUCAUGGUAUGAUUGGGAUAUUUUUUAAUGUUAAUCGGAUGGCAUUUUUGCCCACCUGGGCCCCUCUUUCCCCCAAAAUUUUUGGAAGUGGCAGCGGCCGCAGCAGCAGAAGCUCCAUAGAUGAAAAGCUUUUACUUAACAAUAGAUCCAAGAGGAGUAAGGAAAAUGGUGGCUCCUUUAACAAGAAGAUUAUGUGAAUAGUCUUUAGCAGAGACUUGACAUGAUCCAUUUUUUUGGUUUUUGUUUCUCACAUGGUCCAUUUUUUGGUUAAUGAUUUGUCUCCCAUUACAUUGUAUAGGAGUUAAAUAACCUACAGCAAGUAAAGAUGAAGAGUUCAGUGAUGGAUUCUUUUCUUCAAAUUUGUAAAUGAUAGGGAUUUUUUUUCUUUCACCCCACCUUCAUUUUUGAUCUACAACUUUGGAUUUGUUUUAGAAUACACAUUAUGUUUAUAUAUGGUAGUUUGAUUCAUAAAUUUGAUCAUA